AUGUCUUACAGGCAUGAAUCAAGAUCUUCUUUGAUCCGCGGCGACUCACAAGAUCCCUUUGCAUACGUUGGCGGUUACCAUUCUCGAGAAGGAUUAACACCACCAGCGGAAAGCGCGGUGCCUCGAAGCAGAAAGAUGUAUAGACCAAAUACCACCUGGACUUGGGCGUUUCUGAUUACGACAAUUGUUCAAGCAGUGAUAGUCCUGGCCAUUGAGUCAUACCUAUUCGCAAAAUUCCAAACGAGUUUGCAAGAUGGCCUUUCCGGCGAACCCUUGGCAAAGACGAUUCCUACAUAUCUCACUCUCUUCAUUUUCGGUUUCCUCUAUCAACUCGUCCUCGUUUACGAUUCCCUUCGAUUGAAGAACACGAUUCAGGUCAUCGGACUGUGUAUUUACAAUGUUGGAAUGCUGAUUUAUGCUUCCAUUCAAUACGAUCAGAUCAAUAAGGCAAUCGAGUCCCUGUCUGCGCUAGGACUCAUCAAGGCGGGCAUUCCUAUAUGGCCUGAUAUCCGACCGUAUUUGGUCACGGUUCCUGGGAUCAUCGGAUUUUUUACAGUAGUCAUGUCCUUUAUCGCAUGGAAGCUGUACGACGAGUUUGCGUGGACGAUCUACAAGCACAUCAGCGCUGAUCUGAGAAUGAAACGUCGCUUCUUGACCUUCCAGAUUUACAUCGCUCUCCUCAAAUUCGAUUUCUUCUUCUUCCUUGGCUUCACUGUCCAGUUCCUUGUUAUCGUCACAGGGUUGGCAGAUGCUGAAUUCGGACUUACGAUUGCCGCUAUACCGGUUACCGUUCUCAUCUUGUUUAUGGCAGCUUUCUGGACUCGACGGGAGAACAAGAUUGGAAUGGUUGUGAUCAUCUUCCUCUACUUCUGUGCCAUGGCAUACUUCAUCUUCAAGCUUGCAAGAAUGUAUCAACCAAGCCGCAAAGACGACUACCUACCGGUUCGAAAGAGUUUGACGAGUUUUGCCGUCAUCACUAUUGUUCUAAUCGUUCUCACGAUCGUCAAUGCAUCAGUCUGCAUGGCAAAUUUCGAUAAGGGAUUGAAGCCACAUAUCAUGAAGAGAAAGAUUGGCGGAGAGGAGGCAGCAGAGAAGAUGGAUAACAUGACCGAACUACCAGACCUUAAACACGGAGGUCAUGGACCAGUAUCGAGUCGGAUGACCAUCGAUUAA